AUGAAAAUUAGUAAACCAGUCGCAGUUACCCACAAUCUCCAUGUUGAUAGAGAUAUGAAAUGGACAUUCGAUCCAUCUGUUAAGCCAGAGGAUAAUUUCCAGAUUAUCCGUGAAAUCGGGCGAGGCGGAUUUGGAGCAGUUUAUGAAAUGCUUCAUACUCAAUCUGGAUACAGGCUUGCCGGUAAGGUCGUCAAUGAAGAAUCCAUGAGCUCUAGUGCAAAACAGUCUCUUCUCAAAGAAAUCGACUUACUCAAAAAGAUUAACAGCCCAUAUACAGUUCAAUAUUUUGGAAAUAUUAUUUUCAACAAACAACAGAUGAUUCUUAUGGAGUACUGUGAUAGAGGAUCCUUUAGAGACAUGAUUGACUACAGAAACCUUUGCUUAACUGAAAAGCAAGCUGCCAUUGUAAUCAAGGAUGUCCUCAGUGGCAUUCUCAUUUUGCAUACGAAGCACAAAGUUCUCCAUCGCGAUAUUAAAGCAGCAAAUAUUCUUUUGAUGUCAGACGGCGGCAUCCGACUUACAGACUUUGGAAUUUCUCGUGACUUUUCAGGAGGAACAUUAAAUACAAUGUCAUCUAUAGGUACUCCUUACUGGAUGGCUCCAGAAGUUAUUAAUUCUCAGCCAUAUAGCUAUCCAGCUGAUAUUUGGUCAAUUGGUGCCACAACAAUCGAACUUGUAGAAGGUGCUCCGCCAUAUUGCGAGCUCGAACCAACAAAAGCUAUGAUGAAUAUUGCGGCUCAUGGAUUCCCAGGAUUCAGAGCUCCUCGUGCUGUUACAAAAGAAUUCAAGGACUUCAUCGCUCACACAAUGAGCAAAGAUCCAAAGAACCGUUGCACAAUUCCUCAACUUUUGAAGCAUCCAUGGAUUCAACAAGUUGACACUCUCAACCGCGUUGAAGUCAUGAAGCCACUUACAAGUACAAUCAUUGAUCUCAAGGCUCUCAAGGAAAUGAUUGGCGCUCCUUCAACAGAUGAAGGCACACGCAUCAUUACUACAGCUAGAAAUACACUUCGUAGAUAUUAA